AUGACUUUGACUUUAUUAAACGCUCUUCACUGGGCAAUGGUCGUCUUCCUACUCUCCCUCCGUUCCUCCCUCCAUACCUCCACAUCCAGCCCCCUUUUGCCCUCUCCUGGCUGCAAAUCCCCCUCGUCCUCCCCCACUCCCCCCCCGCCUCCUUCCCCCGCUCAUCCCCUCCCCCUUCCCCCCCCUUCCUCUCUUCCCUCUCACGCACACGCGCACAAGCAGCACUGCACUUCUUCUCGAAUGGGGCUAAGCACGCCGCAGCAGCAGCAGCAGCAACAGCCGCAGCAGCAACAACAACAGCAGCAGCAACAGCAGCAGCACCACCAGCAGCAGCACCAGCAGCAGCAGCACCAGCAGCAGCAGCAGCAACAGCAGCAGCAGCAGCAGCAACAGUCGCCCAACUAUUCUGUAUGGCCUACCCACCUACCUCCUGGCGUGCCGCUCUCCACAGACGAGCUGCUGCAGCGACUGGCGUCGCCCUCGGACGUGCAGGCCACCAUAGCCGCCCUGCAGGGGCCGCUGGGCCAGGUGGACCUCGCUGCCCUCUCCUCCUCCGCUGCCGCCCUCGCUGCUGCCAUCCUGGGAAACCUCCAGAUACCUCUUCCUCCUCCUCCUGCUGCUGCUGCUGCUGCUGCUGCUGCUGCUGUUGCUGCUGCUGCCGCGGGUGGUGCUGGUAAUCCCACUGCUGCUGCUACUGUUGCCACUGCUGGUGGUAAUGGCUUUGCUGCUCCCGUUUCUGCUGCUCCUGGUGCUUCUGGUGCGAGUUAUGGACUGGCAUCAGCAGCAGGUAAGCUCGGGGGAACUCCCCCGAAGCCUCCCAUUCCGCCUUCCCCUGGAGGCAGGGGGGCUGGCGCAGGGGGAGGGGGGAGAGGAUCGGGGGCAGCUCGCAAACGAGGCUCCAUGGGGAAGAAAGCAGCACAGAGCUUCACCAGCAGCACCAACCCCCUUCCACCCCUCUCUCCCCCUUUUGAGUCGGCUAAAUUUUUUCCCUUUCUUCCGUCCAUCCCCCUUGCUUCCCCUCCCCUUCCCCACCACAGCACCUUAGCUCGCAAACGAGGCUCCAUGGGGAAGAAAGCAGCUCAAAGCCCCACCAGCAGCACCACCCCGCGCUCUAACCCACUCUCCCCCUCCUCAGCCUCCCCCACCCCCACUCCCUCACACUCCGAUGCUCCCUUCCACCAUCCCCAUCUGCACCAACCGCACACCACCCACUCCCACCGCGCCUCCCACUCCAACCCUCCUCCCGAUUUAGCCUCCCCAGGUGCACCCUCCCGAGGUGCACCUUCCCCCACUGCAGCAGAUGUACCUUCCCUAGAUAGCCCUCUCGCCUCACCCAGUCUACUCGUCACUCCUGCCAGCCUGUCUCCCCUGGGGGAGGCUCGGCUGCUGAACUCGGAAUCUGGAUAUGAGGCGAGUCAGAACCCGAAUGGAGGGUCCGGAUUUGCUGGUGGUGCUGCCGCUAAUAGCUCUGGUGCUGCUGCCGCUGCUGCUGGUUUUUCCGGUGCUGCUGCCACUGCCGCUGGUGUUUCUGGGGGUGCUGCUAGUGCACUAGCAGGGGUGAAGAGAAGCGCCAGUGCCAUGUCUUCUGACAGUCCCACAGCAGCACAGCAGCAGCUACAGCAGGCACGGAGGGGUGGGUCCGGCCCUUUGGACCACUACCCCUGUGACGGCGGGCUGUCCCUCGCUAGAACCGGCUCUCUCACUCCAUCGGCCUGCCUCACUCCAACCGCCUGCCACUCCCCGUUUGGUGACUCCUCUCGGCAACACAGAGUGGAGCGGCAACGCAAAAUGGCAGAGGCUAAGGGGCGCACCGCAGGAGUCACAGGUGCUGGAUUGGCAUCACCAGAUGUGGCCAGCUUGAAGCGCAAGUGUGAGACUCUUGAAACGGAGAACCGGAGCCUCAAGACGUUUCAGAGCUUCAUGAACAGAAAGGACUCUGAGCAAACGACACGCAUAGAGCAGCUGGAGCAGGAGAACGCCCAGCUGCGAUCAGAGAACGAGAGGCUGAGAGAGGAGCUAGCUGCUGCUCGACAGACAGGCAUGGCCAUAACCAGCAUGCCCACCAUGCAUGCUGCUGGGAUGGCGCAGCCAUGA